UACCGAGCUGCUAAGAGGAUGGGAACCUUUAAUGGGGUCCCAUUGUGGGUCCUAUUGGUCACCUUGAGCCUACUGAACGUUCUCCAAGCGUAUGAUGAGACUCAACAGACUGACGUUAUGAUGAAUGGACCUUCAAGGAUAUCCUUUAUCCAGACUACAUCUUCCACACCUGUGAUUAAAGCAAUCAACACGGCUCACAAUAGCAAAAUCUGCAGCACCUGGGGGAACUUCCACUUCAAGAACUUUGAUGGGGAUGUCUUCUAUUUCCCGGGAACCUGCAACUAUGUCUUCUCGUCCCACUGCAAAAGUGCCUACGAAUCCUUUAACAUCCAAAUUCGCAGAACAGUUGUUAAUAAUGUUGCUACCAUUGAUAAGAUCAACAUGAAAAUGGAGGGGCUAGUAGUGCAACUAGACCACAACAAUGUGAUGGUGGAUGAUAAGAGCGUGCAAUUGCCCUUCAGUGGUAGUGGCGUUCAGAUUGAUAAGAAUGGCGUUUAUCUAAAGGUGAACUCUAAGCUCGGUCUGGUCUUUAUGUGGAAUGAUGAUGACAGCCUCCUGCUGGAACUUGAUGAAAAAUAUGCUAACCAGACCUGUGGCUUGUGUGGAGACUACAAUGGCAUUCCCACCAACAACGAGUUCAUUUCCAAUGGAAUCCAAAUCACAGAGACUCAGUUUGGCAACUUGCAGAAAUUGGAUGGACCCACAGAACAGUGUCAAGAGGUUCUAUCUACCCCCAGGAAUAACUGCACAGAUUAUGAAAAUAUAUGUGAGGGAAUUCUAAUGAUGGCAGCCUUCUCGAACUGUCACUCCUUGGUGGGUGUUAGGAAAUAUAUUGAAGCUUGUGUACAAGACCUCUGUCGCUGUGACAGCAAAGCAACAGCCAUCUGCUUGUGUAACACAUUCGCUGAGUAUUCACGGCAGUGUGCCCACGCCGGAGGUGAACCACAGAACUGGAGAUCAUCAAAUUUAUGCCCUAAAACGUGUCCUUAUAACAUGAAGUACCAAGAAUGCGGAUCCCCCUGUGCGGAUACCUGUUCCAACCCUGAGAGAAGUCUCCUCUGUGAAAACCAUUGUCUGGAAGGAUGUUUCUGUCCAUCAGGAACUGUAUUUGAUGAUAUCAACAACUCAGGCUGUGUCCCCGUUGAUACGUGCUCCUGUACCUUCAACGGUAAAACCUAUGCUGCAGGAACCUCUUACUCUACUGAAUGCAGCACCUGUAUGUGUUCAAGAGGAAAGUGGAGCUGCCAGAAUGUGCCUUGCCCAUCAACCUGCGCAGUCGAAGGGGGAUCCCACAUUACUACGUAUGAUCAGACUCGUUAUACCAUUCAUGGGGAUUGUAACUAUGUGUUGUCCAAGGUCUGCAGCGGUACAGGAUUUACAAUUCUGGCAGAACUGCGUAAAUGCGGUCUUUCCGAGAGCGAAACUUGUCUAAAAAGUUCCACUAUAAUCCUUAAUGGAGGAGAGACAAUUAUUGUCAUUAAACCUUGUGGCAGUGUGUAUGUGAACAACAUCUACACCCAGCUGCCUGUCUCUGCAGCCAACGUCACCAUCUUCAGACCAUCCUCAUUCUACAUUAUUGUCGAGUCUAAAAUGGGAGUCCAGGUAGUGGCUCAGCUCACUCCUUUCAUGCAAGUCUAUCUGAUACUAGACCCCUCUUUCAAGACCAAGACGUGCGGUCUCUGUGGAAACUUCAAUGACAAGCAAUCAGAUGAUUUCCAAACCAUAAGUGGUGUAAUAGAAGGAACUGCUGCGUCCUUUGCCAACACCUGGAAAACCCGAGCAGAUUGUCCAAAUGUUAAGAACGUCUAUGAAGAUCCAUGUUCUCUCAGUGUAGAAAAUGAAAAAUUUGCUAAGUACUGGUGUGGCCUUAUAGCUGAUCUGUCUGGACCAUUUGCCGAAUGCCAUUCUACAGUAAACCCUAUAAUCUACAGACAAACCUGUAUGUUUGACACCUGUAAUUGUGAGAAGAGUGAAGACUGCAUGUGCGCUGCCAUCUCUUCUUAUGUCCGCGCAUGUGCUGCUAAAGGAGUUAUGCUGAGUGGCUGGAGAUCCACUGUCUGCUCCAAAUACAUGAACACCUGCCCCAAAACAUUAAACUACACCUAUUCAAUCACCACCUGCCAGCCUACAUGUCGGUCCCUCAGCGAGCCUGAUGCCACCUGCGAUAUUAAAUUUUUCCCUGUGGAUGGUUGUACCUGCACAGAAGGCUACUACAUGGAUGACAGUGGAAAGUGUGUUCCAGCUGCCGCUUGUCCCUGUUAUUACAAGGGGUCAGCUGUACCUUCUGGAGAAGUUGUCCAUGAAAAUGGAGUUAUGUGCACCUGCACUCAAGGACAGCUGAGCUGUAUUGGAUCCACAGAACUAGAAUGUAAAUCUCCAAUGGUCUUUUUUGACUGUAAAAAUGCUUCGGUGGAUGCCAGAGGAGCCGAAUGCCAGAAGAGUUGCCAGAUAUUGGACAUGGAAUGUUAUAGAACCAAAUGUGUCUCUGGCUGUGUAUGUCCUGAAGGACUAGUCGCAGAUGGGAAAGGUGGUUGUAUAGCAGAAGAUCAGUGCCCAUGUAUUCACAACGAUGUCCCCUACCAGCCAGGAGAGCAAAUCAAAAUGAAGUGCAACACAUGUACCUGCAAAGAUAGGAUGUGGCAAUGUACCAAUGAGCCUUGCUUAGGAACUUGCGCUGUGUAUGGUGAUGGUCAUUACAUCACUUUUGAUGGAAAACGUUAUAGCUUUAAUGGAGACUGUGAAUAUGUCCUCGCACAGGAUCACUGUGGUCAGGUUGGAAGUGAUAGCACCUUCCGCGUCAUUACAGAGAAUGUUCCAUGCGGCACCACUGGUACAACAUGUUCUAAAGCCAUCAAGGUCUUCCUUAACAACUAUGAGAUGAUCCUUACAGAGGAACAUAUUGAUGUGCUGGAAAGAGGCAUUGGAGGUGAAAUUCCAUACACUAUCAGACGCAUGGGGAUCUAUCUUAUUAUUGAAGCCGACAAUGGACUGAUCCUAAUGUGGGACCAGAGGACAAGCAUCUUCAUCAAACUCAGUAAAGAGUUUGAGGGUAAAGUUUGCGGUCUGUGCGGUAAUUUCGAUGGCGAUGGAAACAAUGACUUCACCACCAGGAGUAUGUCUGUGGUUGGAGAUGUUGUUGAGUUUGGCAACAGCUGGAAACUUUCCCCAAUGUGUCCUAAUGUCAUCACUGAGCGGGAUGCAUGCUCUGCUAACCCAUACCGAAAGGCUUGGGCACAGAAACAGUGCAGCAUCAUCAACAGCAAGGCAUUUUCAGCAUGCCACAUACAGGUUGACCCAUCAAAGUAUUAUGAUGCUUGUGUUACUGACUCUUGCGCUUGUGACACCGGUGGAGAUUGUGAGUGUUUCUGCACAGCUGUUGCUGCUUACGCCCAGGCCUGUGGAGAAAGUGGAGUUUGUGUUUCCUGGAGAACACCUUCCAUCUGCCCGAUGUUUUGUGAUUACUACAACCCUGAAGGAGAGUGUGAGUGGCACUACAAGCCCUGUGGAGCUCCAUGCAUGAAGACCUGCAGAAAUCCCAGUGGGAAAUGCCUACAUGAGCUUUCAGGUUUAGAAGGCUGUUACCCCAGUUGUCCAGGAGAUAAACCAUUCUUUGAUGAAGAUGAAAUGGAAUGUGUUGUUGAAUGCAGUUAUUGUUAUGAUGAUGAAGGCAACCACUACAAACCAGGAUCCCCAGUUACAGCCAAGGAGAAGUGUCAGUCUUGUGAGUGCACUAUUUCUGGUUUUAUCGAAUGCACGUACAAUAGGCAAGCCUGCAACUGUGAGUACCAAGGGAGAAUGUAUGACUACAAUGAUGUCAUUUAUAACACCACGGAUGGAAUUGGAGGCUGUAUCACUGCAAUAUGUAAAGAAAAUGGCACAGUCUACCGAGACAUCUAUGCAUGUAACACUCCUACUACAACUCCAUUCACCUUCACAACCACACCUUCUACAGGCACAACAACUCCUCCCAUCACUACUACUCCAAGCACAACACCUGUAACAACAACUGAAAUACCAACUACAACAUUCAAACCAACAUGUACCUGGAGUUCAUGGAUCGAUGUUCAUAUUCCUGGUGGUGGGAUGGAUGAAGGUGAUUUUGAAACCUAUGAGAACAUUCAUGCAGCAAACAAACAAAUCUGCCAAAAACCUGAUGGCAUUCAGUGCAGAGCAGAAAAUUACCCAGAAACACCCAUUGGUCACCUUGGUCAGGUUGUGCAGUGUGAUGUCUCUGUUGGUCUUGUUUGCAAAAAUGAAGAUCAGGAAGAAAAUGUUAAAACAUGCCUAAACUAUCAAGUGAAAGUUCUCUGUUGCAGCAGUUUAACUACACCAGCAACAAGUACAGCAGAAACAACCACAAUACCAAAAACAACCACAACUGAAAAAGGGAUCAUAACAACCACACAAACUCCUGUACCUCCAACCACUACGCCUAAAAUUACUGCAGAGACAACUACUACCACAACUACAGUGCCUCCAACAACACGUACAAUCACUACUACCACCACAACACAAACAACCACUAUUACAACAAGAGUACCACCAACACCAACUACAACUACCACCACCACUCCAAAAACAACUACAGAACCAACAACUACUAAGGUCUCUACAGUUACACCUAACAUUAUUUCUGAAACAACAACUACUACAACGCCAACAACUACCACAAAAACCCCUAUACCUCCAACCUCCACACCUAAAACGAUUCCCGAGUACACUUCUACCACAACUACAGCACCUCCAACGACGACUUCUACCACCACCACUACUACAAAAACAACGACUCCAACUUCUGAAAGAACUACUACAACAUCACCAAGCACUACAAAAGAGGCCAUAACUACCACAAAAACCCCUAUACCUCCAACCUCCACACCUAAAACUAUUACAGAGUACACUUCUACCACAACUACAGCACCUCCAACGAUGACUUCUACAGCCACCACCACUACAAAAACAACGACUCCAACUUCUGAAAGAACUACUACUACAACAAAAAUACCUCCACCAACAACAGCUACUAUUACAACUUCCACCACUCCAAAAACAACUACAGAACCAACAACUACUAAGGUCUCUACAGUUACACCUAACAUUAUUUCUGAAACAACAACUACUACAACGCCAACAACUACCACAAAAACCCCUAUACCUCCAACCUCCACACCUAAAACGAUUCCCGAGUACACUUCUACCACAACUACAGCACCUCCAACGACGACUUCUACCACCACCACUACUACAAAAACAACGACUCCAACUUCUGAAAGAACUACUACAACAUCACCAAGCACUACAAAAGAGGCCAUAACUACCACAAAAACCCCUAUACCUCCAACCUCCACACCUAAAACUAUUACAGAGUACACUUCUACCACAACUACAGCACCUCCAACGAUGACUUCUACAGCCACCACCACUACAAAAACAACGACUCCAACUUCUGAAAGAACUACUACUACAACAAAAAUACCUCCACCAACUACAGCUACUAUUACAACUUCCACCACUCCAAAAACAACAACAGCACCAACAACUACUAAGAUCUCUACAAUUACACCUAAAAUUAUUCCUGAAACAACAACUACCACUACAACCCCAACAACUACCGCUCCCAAUACAAGCUGUGGCUGCCAAUGGUCAAACUGGUUUGAUGUAAGCUAUCCUACAAUAGGUAUAGCAGGUGGAGAUUUUGAUACAUUUGACAACAUACGAGCUAAAGGAUAUUCUGUGUGUAAUCAGCCAUCUAAAAUAGACUGUAGAGCUAAACAAUACCCAGACACACCGCUACAGGACCUUGGACAAAAUGUGCAGUGUAAUGCUUCAUUUGGAUUGUUGUGCUACAACAAGGACCAAUUUCCUGCCAUUUGCUACAAUUAUGAAAUUAGAGUUUGCUGCAGCCGUGAGACAUGUACGACCACCGGUACCACUACAACAUCACCAACCACUACUAAAGAGGUCACAACUAACACAAAAACCCCUAUGCCUCCAACCUCCACACCUAAAACUAUUCCAGAGUACACUUUUACCACAACUACAGCACCUCCAUCGACGACUUCUACAACCACCACCACUACAAAAACAACAACUCCAACUUCUGAAAGAACCACUACUACAACAAUAAUACCACCACCAACAACUAUUACUACUACAACUUCCUCCAGUCCAAAAACAACUACAACUACAGCACCAACAACUACUAAGGUCUCUACAAUUACACCUAACAUUAUUCCUGAAACAACAACUACUACUACAAGCCCAAUAACUCCAACCUCCACUCCUAAAACUAUUCCAGAGUACACUUCUACCACAACUACAGCACCUCCAAUGAUGACCUCUACAACCACCACCACUACAAAAACAACGACUCCAACUUCUGAUAGAACCACUACUACAACAAGAAUACCACCAACUACUACAGCUUCCAUCACUCCAGAAACAACUACAACUACAGCACCAACAACUACUAAGAUAUCUACAAUUACACCUAAAAUUAUUCCUGAAACAACAACUAUUACUACAACAUCACCAACCACUACAAAAGAGGUCAUAACUACCACAAAAACCCCUAUGCCUCCAACCUCCACACCUAAAACUUUUCCAGAGUACACUUCUACCACAACUACAGCACCUCCACUGACGACCUCUACAACCACUACAAAAACAACGACUCCAACUUCUGAUAGAACCACUACUACAACAAGAAUACCACCAACUACUACAGCUUCCAUCACUCCAGAAACAACUACAACUACAGCACCAACAACUACUAAGAUAUCUACAAUUACACCUAAAAUUAUUCCUGAAACAACAACUACUACUACAACACCACCAACCACUACAAAAGAGGUCACAACUAACACAAAAACCCCUAUACCUCCAACCUCCACACCUAAAACUAUUCCAGAGUACACUUUUACCACAACUACAGCACCUCCAUCGACGACUUCUACAACCACCACCACUACAAAAACAACAACUCCAACUUCUGAAAGAACCACUACUACAACAAUAAUACCACCACCAACAACUAUUACUACUACAACUUCCUCCAGUCCAAAAACAACUACAACUACAGCACCAACAACUACUAAGGUCUCUACAAUUACACCUAACAUUAUUCCUGAAACAACAACUACUACUACAAGCCCAAUAACUACUACACCCAACACAAGCUGUGGCUGCCAAUGGUCAAAUUGGUUUGAUGUCAGCUAUCCUACGGCAGGUAUAGCAGGUGGAGAUUUUGAUACAUUUGACAACAUAAGAGCUAAAGGAUAUUCUGUGUGUAAUCAGCCAUCUAAAAUAGACUGUAGAGCUAAACAAUACCCAGACACACCGCUAGAGGAGCUUGGACAGAAGGUGCAGUGUAAUGCUUCGGUUGGACUGUUGUGCUACAACAAGGACCAAGUACCUGCUAUUUGCUACAAUUAUGAAAUUAGAGUUUGCUGCAGCCGUGGAACAUGUACAACUACACCACAAACAUCCACUAUUACUAAAGAACUGACAACUACUGACCACCUCACAACUAAAGAAUCAACUCAAUUUACCACCGCUACAACCACACGUUGCUACUGCCGCAUGGAUGGUGAAUUUUUCUUAACAGGAGCAGUCAUUUACAACAGGACUGAUGAAGCCGGAUGCCAUUUCUAUGCAAUUUGUAAUGAAGAAUGUAACGCUGAAAGAUUCCAAGGACCAUGCCAACCUACAACUCUGCCACCCCCAACGACUACCACCACUCCAGUGUCAACAACAACUACAUCUAUUGAGACAACAACACCAAAGAUAGAAACAACAACUCCAGUUGAAGGCUGCCCUCCCAGAAAAACUAAUGAAACCUGGUCAAUCAGCAACUGCACAGUGGCCACAUGUCAUGGAAACAAUGUUGUCACUUUCGAACCUGUUUCAUGCCCACCUGUGGAGAUAGUCACCUGUGAUAAUGGUUUUCCACCAGUCAAAGUCUACAGUGCAGAUGGCUGCUGUUACCAUUAUGAAUGUGAAUGUGUUUGCGGUGGAUGGGGUGAUCCUCAUUAUAUUACAUUUGAUGGAACCUACUAUACUUUCCUAGACAACUGCACCUAUGUCCUCGUACAACAGAUCACCCCCAAAUUUGAUAACUUCCGCAUCCUUGUCGAUAAUUAUUUCUGUGAUGCUGCAGAUGGUUUGUCCUGUCCACAGUCUAUAAUAGUUUACUACAAGUCCAAUGAACUUUUGCUGACUCGUACAAUGUUCCAAGGAAGAAUGAGAAACAUGAUUAGAUUCAACCAAAAUUGGGUAACGCCAGGAUUCACUGCAGAUGGCAUUAUUGUCUCCAGCGCUGGAAUUAACAUGGUGGUUGAGAUUCCAGAAAUAAAAGCCUACAUCUCCUUUAGUGGACUGAUCUUUGUUAUUAAGCUGCCAUUCAGCAUGUUUGGUUACAACACAGAAGGACAGUGUGGCACCUGCUCCAACAACAGCACCGAGGAUUGUCGUUUGCCAGAUGGAAAGGUCGUUGAAGACUGUUCUCAAAUGGCUGCCGAAUGGAGGGCUAACUUUACAGUCUGCAAUCCACCUCCCGAGCCAACACCUUCUGUACCACCAACAGAUUGCCCAUCUACACCUCUCUGUGAUGUCAUCCUAAGCGAUGUAUUCGCUGAAUGCCACAAGAAGAUAUCUCCAGAGCCUUACUAUAAGGGCUGUGUUUAUGAUGCAUGCCGCAUCCGCAACGAUUCAGUGCAAUGCUCCAGCUUAGAGGUCUAUGCGGCAAUGUGUGCCUCUAUCGAUGUCUGUGUGGACUGGAGGGGAAAUACUGAAGACCAUUGCCCCUACUACUGCCCAGCUGGAAAGGUGUACGAUCCUUGUGGUCCAGUGCAUUGUGAUACCUGCGAGAACAGGGAAGUACCGAGCCUCAGCAAUGGAAUGACAGAAGGCUGCUACUGUCCCUCUGGAACCAAGCUAUUCAACACGUACGCUGAUGUCUGCGUUAAGAGCUGCCCUUGCGUUGGACCAGAUGGAAUGCCCAAAGCGCCUGCAGAGAAAUGGAUCAGCAACUGCCAAGAAUGUGUCUGUGAGGCCACGUCGCUCACUGUACAGUGCAGUCCACUGAAAUGUGUCCAAAUUCAAUGUGCAGAGGGCUUCGAGUACAAGGAAGUAAAAGAUCAAUGUUGUGGCAUUUGUGAACCAGUGGCAUGCACAAUGAAAAUGACUGAUGACACCACUAUUGUUAUCAAGCCUGGUGAGACCUGGAACUCUCCUGUUGACAAAUGCUCCUACUAUCAAUGCAACAAAACAGACGAGCAAUUUGUUACCGUGAGCAUAACAAAGGAAUGUACUGUCUCCAGCGCAGAUGGAUGCAGACCGGGAUAUACAUAUAGAAAAGUUGACAGUGAGUGCUGUGGCACAUGUGUUCAGGAAGCAUGUACAAUGAUGAUGAAGGACAACUCCACUAAAGUUUUGGAGCCUGAAGAAACAUGGACCCCACCUAAUGAACCAUGUCUCUACUAUGAAUGCCACAAAAUAGGAGACCAGUUUGUCCCUACCACCGUGACGAGAGUCUGCUCAAUUAUGGAAUGCAGUGCCGGAUAUACAUAUAUAAAAGUUGACAGUGAAUGCUGUGGCACUUGUAAGCAGGAGGAAUGUACAAUGAAGAUGAAAGAUAAUUCCACUAAAGUUUUAAAGCCUGGUGAAAAAUACACGCCACCAGACGAGAAGUGCAUCUCCUACCUCUGCACUGAUACUCACGAUGUGGUAACUGAGAAAGACAAAUGUGAUGUUGCCGAUGAAGCAGGUUGCUCAGAGGGAUAUAACUAUACAAAAUCUGAGGAUGAGUGCUGUGGCAAAUGUGUGAGGGUGGCAUGCACAAUGAAGAUGAAGGACGAUUCCAUUAAAGUAUUGAAGCCUGGUGAAAAAUACACCCCAGCAGACGAGAAGUGCACCUCCUACAUCUGCACCGAGACCUAUGACCUGAUAACAGAGAAAGAGAGGUGCCUUGUUGUCAGCCCUACAGACUGCUCAGAGGGGUAUAAUUAUACAAAAGCUGAAGGUGACUGCUGUGGCAAAUGUGAGACAGUGGCCUGUACAAUGAAGAUGUCAGAUAACUCUACUAAAGUAUUAAAGCCUGAAGAAACAUGGACACCACCUAACGAACCAUGUCUCUACUAUGAAUGCCACAAAAUAGAUGGCCAGUUUGUCCCGGUUAACGUGAUGAGCGUCUGCUCUGUCCUGGAAUGCAGUGCUGGAUAUAUGUAUAAAAAGGCCGAAGGUGACUGCUGUGGCUCAUGUGAGAUGGUGGCUUGUACAAUGAAGAUGGAUAACAACACAAUCAUAACUCUCAUGCCUGGUGAAAAAUACACCCCACCAGACCAGAAGUGCACCUCCUACACCUGCAAUAGUACUUAUCAUGUGGUAACAGAGAAUGAAAACUGCAACGUUUCCAGCUCAGCAGAUUGUUCAGGGGAUUUUGAAUACAGAGUGAUGCCCGGAAAAUGUUGUGGCGAAUGUGUCAAGGUGGCUUGUACGAUGAAGAUGGAUAACAACACAACCAUAACUCUCAAGAGUAAUGAAACAUGGUCAAUCAGCAACUGCACAGUGGCCAAAUGUAAUGAAAACGAUGUUGUCACCAUUGAACCUGUGACUUGCAAAUCUGUAGAAGAAAUCACCUGUGCUAGUGGUUUUCCCCCAGUAAAAGUCUACGAUUCGGACGGCUGCUGUUAUCAUUAUGAAUGUGAAUGUGUUUGCACCGGAUGGGGUGAUCCUCAUUAUAUUACAUUUGAUGGAACCUACUAUACUUUCCUAGACAACUGCACCUAUGUCCUCGUACAACAGAUCACCCCCAAAUUUGAUAACUUCCGUGUCCUUAUUGAUAAUUAUUUCUGUGGUGCUGAUGAUGGUUUGUCCUGUCCACAGUCUCUACUAAUUUACUACAAGUCCAACGAAGUUCUGUUGACUCGUACAAUGUUCGAAGGAAGAAUGAGAAACAGGAUUAGAUUCAACCAACUUUGGGUAACCCCAGGAUUCACCACCGAUGGCAUUACUGUCUCCAGCGCUGGAAUUAACAUGGUGGUUGAAAUUCCAGAAAUAAAAGCCUACAUCUCGUUUAGCGGCAUGAUCUUUGUUAUUAAGCUACCAUUCGGCAUGUUUGGUUACAACACAGAAGGGCAGUGUGGAACCUGUUCCAACAAUAGCACUGAGGAUUGCCGAUUGCCAAAUGGAGAGGUCAUUGAAGACUGUUCUGAGAUGGCUACCCAAUGGAGGGCUAAUGUCUCAUACUGUAACCCACCUCCCGAGCCAACCCCAACACCUUCUGUACCACCAACUGCAUGUCCACCUGCACCUCUCUGUGAUGUGAUCCUCAGCGAUGUAUUUGCUGAAUGCCACGCGAAGAUAUCUCCAGAGCCUUACCACGAGGGCUGCGUUUUUGAUGCAUGCCGCAUCCGCAACGAUUCAGUGCAAUGCUCCAGCUUAGAGAUCUAUGCAUCGUUGUGUGCCUCUAUCGAUGUCUGUGUGGAUUGGAGAGCAAAGACUGGAGUUCACUGCCCAUACAACUGCCCAGCUGGAAAGAUGUACGAUGCAUGCGGUCCAGUGCAUGCUGACACUUGUGACAACAGACAAAUAGCAAUCCUCAGCAAUGGACUCACAGAAGGCUGCUACUGUCCCUCAGGGACCAAGUUGUUCAAUGCUUACACCGAUGUCUGUGUUGAGAGCUGCUCCUGUGUUGGACCUGAUGGGAUGCCCAAAGCAAGCGGUGAGAAAUGGACCAGCAACUGCCAAGAAUGCUUCUGUGAGGCCACGUCGCUCACUGUACAGUGCACUCCACUGAAAUGUGAUCAAAUUAAAUGUGCAGAGGGCUUCCAGUUUAAGGAGGUAGAAGACCAGUGUUGUGGUGGCAUUUGUGAACCAGUGGCGUGUACGAUGAAAAUGAACGAUGACACCACUAUUGUUAUCAAGCCUGGUGAGACCUGGAACUCUCCUGUUGACAAAUGCUCCUACUAUCAAUGCAACAAAACAGACGAGCAAUUUGUUACCAUGAGCAUAACAAAGGAAUGUACUGUCUCCGGCGCAGAUGGAUGCAGACCGGGAUAUAAAUAUAGUAAAGUUGAGGGUGAGUGCUGCGGCACAUGCGAUCCAGUGGCAUGUACAAUGAUGAUGAACGACAGCUCCACUAAAGUUUUGGAGCCUGAAGAAACAUGGACCCCGCCUAAUGAACCAUGUCUCUACUAUGAAUGCCACAAAAUAGGCGACCAGUUUGUGCCAAUUACUGUCACAAGAGUCUGCGCAAUUGUGGAAUGCAGUGAUGGAUAUAAUUAUACAAAAGCUGAAGGUGAGUGCUGCGGCACAUGUGUACCAGUGGCGUGUACAAUGAAGAUGAAGGACAACUCCACUAAAGUCUUGAAGCCUGGUGAGAAAUACACCCCAGCAGACGAGAAGUGCGUCUCCUACAUCUGCACCGAUACUUAUGACGUGAUAACAGAAAAAGAAAAAUGCCUUCACAUUAGCCCAACAGACUGUUCAGAGGGGUAUACAUAUAAAGAAGCUGAAGGUAACUGCUGUGGAUCCUGCGUGCCGGAGGCAUGUACAAUGAAGAUGAAGGACAACUCCACUAAAGUAUUAAAGCCUGGUGAAAAAUAUACCCCAGCAGACGAGAAGUGCACCUCCUACAUCUGUACUGAAAUUUAUAAUGUGGUCACAGAGAUAGAAAAAUGCCUUGUUCUUAGUCCCACAGACUGCUCCCAGGGAUAUAAGUAUGCUAAAUCUGAGGGUGAGUGCUGUGGAACAUGCGUGCCAGAAGCAUGCACAAUGAAGAUGAAGGACGACUCAAUUAAAGUCUUAAAGCCUGGCGAAAAGUACACCCCACCAGACGAGAAGUGCGUCUCCUACAUCUGUACUGACACUUAUGAUGUGGUAACAGAGAGAGAAAAAUGCAUUGCCGUUAGCCCUACAGACUGUUCCGAGGGAUAUCAGUAUAAAAAAGAUGAACUUACCUGCUGUGGCACAUGUGAGCAAGUGGCAUGUACAAUGAAGAUGAAGGACAACUCCACGAAAAUAUUAAAGCCUGAAGAAACAUGGACCCCACCUAAUGAACCAUGUCUCUACUAUGAAUGCCACAAAAUUGAAGACCAGUUUGUCCCAGUUACUGUGACCAGAGUCUGUUCUGUCGUGGAGUGCAGUGCUGGAUAUAUGUUCACAAAGCUUGAAAGUGAGUGCUGUGGAUUGUGUGUGCCAUCAGGAUGUACAAUGAAGAUGGAUAACAACACAAUCAUAACUCUCAAGCCUGGUGAAAAAUAUACCCCACUAGACCAAAACUGCGUCUCAUACACCUGUAAUGAUAGUUACCACGUGGUAACAGAGAAAGAAAAUUGCCCUGUCAUCGACCCAGCAGAUUGCUUAGAGGGUUUUGAAUACAAAGUGAUACCUGGAAAAUGUUGUGGCGAAUGCGUCAAGGAAGUUUGUACAGUGAAGAUGGAUGACAACACAUCUAUAAAUCUCAAGACCAAUGAAACAUGGUCAAUCAGCAACUGCACAGUGGCCAAAUGUCAUGGAAACGACGUUGUCACCAUUGAACCUGUGACAUGUCCUCCAGUGGAGACAAUCUCCUGUGAAAAUGGUUUCCCCCCUGUGAAAGUAUACAAUUCAGACGGCUGCUGUUACCAUUAUCAAUGUGAAUGUGUUUGCGCCGGAUGGGGUGACCCUCAUUAUAUCACAUUUGAUGGAACCUACUAUACUUUCCUAGACAACUGCACCUAUGUCCUCGUACAACAGAUCACCCCCAAAUUUGAUAACUUCCGUGUCCUUAUUGAUAAUUAUUUCUGUGGUGCUGCGGAUGGUUUGUCCUGUCCACAGUCUCUACUAAUUUACUACAAGUCCAACGAAGUUUUGCUGACUCGUACAAUGUUUGAAGGAAGAAUGAGAAACAGGAUUAGAUUUAACCAACAUUGGGUAACUCCGGGAUUUACCAUUGAUGGGAUUACUGUGUCCAGUUCUGGUAUCAACAUGGUGGUUGAGAUUCCAGAAAUAAAUGCCUACAUCUCCUUUAGUGGACUGAUCUUUGUAAUCAAACUACCAUUCACCUUGUUCGGUUACAACACAGAAGGACAGUGUGGAACCUGUUCCAACAAUAGCACUGAGGAUUGCCGAUUGCCAGAUGGAGAGGUUGUUGCAGACUGUUCAGAAAUGGCUACCCAAUGGAGGGCUAAUGUCUCAUACUGUAACCCACCUCCUGAGCCAACCCCAACACCUUCUGUACCACCAACUGAAUGUCCACCCGCACCUCUCUGUGAUGUGAUCCUCAGCGAUGUAUUCGCUGAAUGCCACGAGAAGAUAUCUCCAGAGCCUUACUAUGAGGGCUGCGUUUUUGAUGCGUGUCGCAUCAGCAACUAUUCAGUACAAUGCUCCAGCUUAGAGGUCUAUGCGGCGUUGUGUGCCUCUAUCGAUGUCUGUGUGGAUUGGAGAGCAAAGUCUGGAGGCCAUUGCCCAUACAACUGCCCAGCUGGAAAGGUCUACAAUGCAUGCGGCCCAGUGUGUCAAAAUACCUGCGAAAACAGGCAAGUACCAAGCCUCAGCAAUAAAGUCAUAGAAGGCUGCUACUGUCCCUCAGACACAACAUUGUUCAACAGUUACAGUGAUGUCUGUGUUAAGAGCUGCGCUUGCGUUGGACCCGAUGGAAUGCCCAGAGAGCCUUCAGAAAAAUGGACCAGCAACUGCCAAGAAUGUUUCUGUGAGGCCACGUCGCUCACUGUACAGUGCACUCCACUAAACUGUGACCAAGUUAAAUGUGCAGAGGGCUUCCAGUUCAAGGAGAUGAAAGACCAGUGUUGUGGUGGCACUUGUGAACCGGUGGCAUGUACAAUGAAGAUGAACAAUGAAACCCCAAUUGUUAUCCAGCCUGGUGAGACCUGGAACUCUCCUGUUGACAAAUGCUCCUACUAUCAAUGCAACAAAACAGAUGCGCAAUUUGUUAUUUUGAGCGUAACAAAGGAAUGUACUGUCUCCAGCGCAGACGAAUGCAAACCGGGAUACACAUAUAAAUAUGUUGAGGGUGAGUGCUGUGGCACAUGUGUGCAGGAAGCAUGUACAAUGAAGAUGAAGGACGACUCAAUUAAAGAUUUGAAGCCUGGCGAAAAAUAUACCCCACCAGACGAAAAGUGCGUCUCCUACAUCUGUACUGACACUUAUGAUGUGGUAACAGAGAGAGAAAAAUGUCUUGUCGUUAGCCCUACAGACUGUUCCAAGGGAACUAAGUAUACAAAGGCUGAAAGCGACUGCUGUGGAUCUUGUGUGGCAGAGGCAUGUACAAUGGCAAUGAAGGACAACUCCACUAAAGUAUUACAGCCUGGUGAAAGAUACACUCUGCCAGAAGAGAAGUGCACCUCCUACAUCUGCACUGAUACUUAUGAUGUGAUAACAGAGAGAGAAAAAUGCCUUGUCCUGAGCGCAGCAGACUGUUCAGAGGGAUAUAAGUAUACAAAAGCUGAAGGUGACUGCUGUGGAUCAUGUGAGCAUGUGGCGUGUACAAUGAAGAUGAAGGAUGAGUCUACUAAAGUUUUACAGCCUGGUGAAAAAUACACCCCAGCAGACGAGAAGUGCACCUCCUACAUCUGCACCGAGACUUAUAAUGUGGUAACAGAGAGAGAAAAAUGCCUUGUUGCCAGCCCAUCAGACUGCUCAGAGGGAUAUACCUAUUCAACAUCCGAGGCUGACUGCUGUGGCAAAUGUGUGCCAGUGGCAUGUACAAUGCAGAUGCAGGAUAACUCCAUUAAAGUCUUGAAGCCCGGUGAGAAAUACACCCCAGCAGACCAGAAGUGCACAUCCUACAUCUGCACCGAUACUUAUGACCUGGUAACAGAGAAAGAGAAAUGUCUUGUUGUUAGCCCAGCAGACUGCACAGAGGGAUUUAACUAUACAAAGUCUGAGAGUGAUUGCUGUGGAUCCUGUGUGCAGGAAGCAUGUACAAUGAAGAUGAACGACAACUCCAUCAAAGUGUUAAAGCCUGGUGAAAAAUACACCCCAGCAGACGAGAAGUGCACAUCCUACAUCUGCACCGAGACCUAUGACCUGGUAACAGAGAAAGAGAGGUGCCUUGUUGUGAGUCCAUCAGACUGCUCAGAGGGAUAUAAGUAUACACAAUCUGAGGGUGAGUGCUGUGGAUUAUGUGAGCCUGUGGCAUGUACAAUGAAGAUGAAGGACAGCUCCAUUAAAGUAUUACAGCCUGGUGAAAAAUACACUCCGGCAGACGAGAAAUGCACAUCCUACAUCUGCACUGAGACUUAUACUGUGGUCACGGAGAUAGAUAGAUGCCUUGUCAUUACCGCAGCAGACUGCUCAGAGGGAUAUAAGUAUACAAAAGCUGAAGGUGACUGCUGCGGAGCAUGUGAGCCUGUGGCAUGUACAAUGAAGAUGAAGGAUAAUUCCACCAAAGUUUUACAGCCUGGCGAAAAAUACACCCCAGCCGACGAGAAGUGCACAUCCUACAUCUGCACCGAGACCUAUGACCUGGUAACAGAGAAAGAGAAAUGUCUUGUUGUUAGCCCAGCAGACUGCACAGAGGGAUAUACCUAUUCAACAUCUGAGGUUGACUGCUGUGGCAAAUGUGUGCCAGUGGCAUGUACAAUGAAGAUGCAGGAUAACUCCAUUAAAGUUUUGAAGCCCGGUGAGAAGUACACCCCAGCAGACCAGAAGUGCACAUCCUACAUCUGCACCGAUACUUAUGACCUGGUAACAGAGAAAGAGAAAUGUCUUGUCGUUAGCCCAGCAGACUGCACAGAGGGAUUUAACUAUACAAAAUCUGAGAGUGACUGCUGUGGAUCCUGUGUGCAGGAGGCCUGUACAAUGAAGAUGAGCGACAACUCCAUCAAAGUAUUAAAGCCUGGUGAAAAAUACACCCCAGUAGAUGAGAAGUGCACAUCAUACAUCUGCACCGAGACCUAUGACCUGGUAACAGAGAAAGAGAGGUGCCUUGUUAUGAGCCCAUCAGACUGCUCAGAGGGAUCUAAGUAUACACAAUCUGAGGGUGAGUGCUGUGGAUUAUGUGAGCCUGUGGCAUGUACAAUGAAGAUGAAGGACAGCUCCAUUAAAGUAUUACAGCCUGGUGAAAAAUACACCCCUGCGGACGAGAAGUGCACAACCUACAUCUGUACUGAGACUUAUAAUGUGGUCACGGAGAUCGAAAAAUGCCUUGUUGUCAGUCCUACAGACUGCUCAGCGGGAUAUAAGUAUACAAAAGCUGAAGGUGACUGCUGCGGAUCAUGUGAGCCUGUGGCGUGUACAAUGAAGAUGAAGGAUGACUCUGUUAAAGUUUUACAGCCUGGUGAAAAAUACACCCCAGCAGACGAGAAGUGCACAUCCUACAUCUGCACCGAUACUUAUAUUUUGGUAACAGAGAAAGAGAAAUGCCUCGUCAUUAGCCCAGCAGACUGCUCAGAGGGAUAUACAUACAAACAAGCUGAAAGUGAAUGUUGUGGAUCAUGUGAACCAGUGGCAUGUACAAUGAAGAUGAAGGAUAAUUCCACCAAAGUUUUACAGCCUGGUGAAAAAUACACACCGCCAGAUGAGAAAUGCAUCUCCUACAUCUGCACUGAUGCUUAUGAUCUGAUAACAGAGAAAGAAACAUGCCCAGCCUUUAACCUGGCAGAUUGCUUAGAGGGUACCAUCAAAAUGUCAGAGAAUGGCUGCUGCAAGACUUGUGAACCUAUUGUGUCGUCAUGCCAGGUCUAUAAACAGUCCACUCGUAUCAUAACCGGCACCUGUGAGUCAGACCAGACCGUGGAGCUGUCAUACUGUGAGGGAGGCUGCAAGACCACAUCAAUGUACUCUGCGGAGGCAAAUACCAUGGAACACAAGUGUAGCUGUUGUCAAGAGAUGAAGACCAGCAAACGGGAAGUGAGCCUCAAAUGUCUCGAUGGAACCAGCUCACUUUACUCAUACAUCUAUGUGGAAGAGUGUGGUUGCACCAGCACAGAAUGUAACAAGGAUCCCCAAACUUCCAACGGAUUAAACUAAAUGAGAACUUCAUUUUGGCAAAAUAUUUUUCCAAACUUUCUAUUGCUCUGGAUAAGCACUCCGUGUCCCCAGCCUAUUGAUGGCACUUCUUUACACUUUCCUUAAAAGGUCUCUUCAAUGAUCCCUCCCAUUGUCCAUCCACAAAUGCUAGACAAAGUUGGGCUACCUCACACCUAUAUGUAACAUUGAAUAAUGUCACACCUCUUGUACAUUAGUAUAUGAUUUAGGGAAUAUUUGAAAAAUGGAUUUGCACUUUCCGACACUGCUGUUCUUGUUAUUAGCUGGACUAUCAUUGUGCUGAAUUCUCUACAGUUUUAAUGUUUCUUACAAUUGUAGUCCACAUUUCUGAAUGAGGAGGCCACUGUUCAUCUGCUGUCAAACCAUAAUUAUGUUUACAUGAUGAAAUUAUUUUUAGUGGAUGGCAAUCAAGAACUGUUUAUUUUUGAAUCCCUGUUUAAUUAUACUUCCAAAUGAAUAGUUUUGUACAGUUGAGGAAAAUUCAGCUAUUCAUUUGUUCUUUGAAGAAUUGCAAUGCUAUCUUACACUUUUUUUUCUGGCAUUGAGGUGUAGAGGGUUGUGUUUUUUAUUUCCAGAGCAUAGAAUGUGAUUUAAAUAAAAGUCUUUUAACUAUCUUAAAA